CAGCCUUUGAUUUCGUAUGGAACAAAGGCGGGGGCAGGGCGUUGGGAGGUGAACUCCAUUGACCUCCGCUAGGAUGAAUUCACUUCCUCAUACUUCCCUCGUGUGAAUACUUAUAAAUCAUUAAACACCCCCAUGCAUCUUCGAAUAUUCUAGCUUGACUUAUUUUAUUACGGGUUUAAAAUUUGCGUUUAGUUGCUAGUAACCACUCUGAUUAUCUUCCACUAUGACAGACGCAAGCGAUGCCAUCCACCUGCCCGAUGGCUAUCUUGUCUGGGAUGGGGAUACAAUAACCGACGAAGCCUUUGACAAACUGAGAUCAGAAGCCCUCUUUCGGCAUAACAAUUGCAUCCCGCUCUUCACCAAGGAUGCCAUUAGUGAAUUUGGCAAGCAGUUCAAAAUGGCAGUUGCUGGACAGGUCAGCGUAGUCUCAGUACGCAGACUGGAUGGCGAGAGGGCGGAUUUCAGAGUGCCGCCUGACCAUCCUGGCUUCCACCCUGAUUCAAAGCCGACAAUCGGAUUCGUCGCUCUCCAGAAGCUGGCGCGCCUGGGUCCCUACAAUGAUAAAUUUUGUCCUAUCUUUACCACCCAUCUAAUCGUUGAGUACAUUGGCUUGAUGCGAGAUAGAAUCACCGGGGAAGUGAUACCCAGCGAUAUUCAGCCUAUCGAGGAUGUUGAACCGUAUUUUAGACGGACUUUAACGAAAUGGGAGGCGACACCAGCAUGCCAGCAUCUAAGAGGGAGUCUUAAGGCAUUACUGCAAAGAAAUUCUAACAUACGCAAAAUCGAUAAAAUUGUUGCUUAUGCCUGUGGCAGUCUCAUUGAGUUUGAAACAGAGGAGUCCGGCGCCUACCCAUCUUUGGCACCCCGUCCUUUUUACCAGCAUGCACUUGUCAUGACCGUACUCGACGUCCUGCAGAACGAACGAACGGAUAGGGAUGCCGAGCAGAUACGAUGUUACUUGCAGGAUCCAAUCUAUACGGAUGCUGAAAAGGAUAUGUUAGCAAAGUUCGCCGUGACAGUUGUUGAUGACGCGGAAGGGUUUUUAUUGACGGACGACUCGACGGCUGUGCUUUCUUUCGCACCGAAUGUUCCUAUCAAACAAGUUGUGCUAGACAUUUCUCUCCCUCCCAUGAUGAUGUGGGACAAAGUUAAAGAUGAAGAUGUCCUCAAACCAUGGACGGACCCCGAUUCUCCCCGCAUCAGAAAGUUGAUUGGCGAGCAUUACGAUGAAGUUGAAUUUCAAGAUUACGAAGAGCGUUUCAUGACGUCCUUUUACGUUAAGCGGGCUCCUACAUAAAGGCCAAAAAGCCUUCAAACUUUCUGGAAAAACAUAUCGGCCUGGUUUACCGCCAAACUGAGUUGCGAAACAAUUUCAAACCUAUGGCGAGGCACUGUACCUUAACUACGACGGCGAUGGCGUAGUAUAGCUUUGAUGCCUGAACGGUUUUAAGAGCUAUUUUUUGAAGCCUAGUAACUUGGUUUUAGGAUCAUCUAAUCAAGAAAAUAUUAAUUAAAUUCGAUAUCGGUCUAAAGAUUUAUCCACAUUAUAGGUAGAAAGGGACAAGGAGAAGAGGACAUAUAUCUGAAAAAAGAACGCCAGGUCUAUCAGAACGUAUCAGUCAUGCCAACAUAUCAGCCAUGAAACAGAUAUGUUUCCACACGCUAGCCAGUUGUAACUUGUCCUUUUACGACAAUCGUACAUCCGCUGCUUUCAUACCCCAUCUAUCAUCACCACGAUCGAACCCAUUAGCUGCUGCCACCCUCUCCACAUUAUGUUUCACCGGAAUCCCAUCCCCGAACAUCCAAUAUUGUACUCCAAGAUAACAGUCGCAGAGGCAUUGUAA